GCUAAAGCUGAGAGAAAUUGUAGUCGCGAUCACCAAAGGUUUAAAGAUAUUUUGUGUCAUGGUCUGUGUUUUGGUUUGUGUUGUGUUCAGUUUUGUUCCAUGGUUUCCUGUGUUCUGUGUUUGCUCAUUUAGUUAUUGUGUCCACCUGUUGUCGUCAACCUUCUACCUCGUGUCGACCAAUCAGCUCUCUCCAGCCGCCCGUGUCUUGUCCAGGUGUUCCUCGUUGUCUCGUCAACCUGUUUGUAUUUAGUUGGCCAUUUUCUUUUAGUUCAUUGUCAUUGCAGUCUGUCAUUGUCAGGUGUCAUUGUCUCUGUCUGUGCCGAGUCUUGGUUCCCAUUUUUGGUUUAUUCAAGUGUUUCUUUGGUUGUCUGUUGUGGGACUUUAUUUAGCUUGCUUUAUCACUGUUCCUUUUUUUUUGGAAAUCAAAUCAAAUUUUUGGAGACUCCUGCCUCGCCUCCCUGCUUCCCUGCACUUGGGUCCCCCACGUUUUUGCCUUGCCUUCCUCUCCUUCAAAUAACCUAAUGGUGACAAUUUUGUACUCUUCAUCUCGUUCAUCCAGGUCCCAAACCCGAUGUGUCGUCUGUUCCCGACGUCAGCGGUGGUGAGGAGGCUUCAGUUGCCGCAGGACAGUCGGAUGGAACGAUGGACGCUUCGGCAGAUUCUGACACAGAGGACGCGCAUUCCAAUGCCAAUAGACAGGAGCUGUCCAAUGGAAGGGGCAGAGCUGAGGAACCGAUAGGUGCGGUGAUGUCGUUUGAGGGCGGAGCUUCUCACCUAGAGUACACAGGUGAACGGACUUUGACGGACUCCACAGAUGAGGAAAGUUUGAUUGAGUCUGACGUCAUCAGGCAACCAGAAGGAGAGCGUGCCUCUGACCAAUCGCCUUCUACUGCCAUCGCAGAGCACGCGCAUGAGGACUCAUCAUCUUCCUCGUUCUCAUCGCAACAAGCAGGUGGAGACUGGUCUCGAGCAAACGGAAACGGCCGACAGACUCAGCUGCUGGACAAAGAUGGAGUGACGGCUCCCCUGACUUCCUUCGGCGGACCUUCGGCGGACGUCGCCCUGGCACCCGCUGAAAACGAGCGGAAGGGGCCACCCGCAACCCCUCCCGUACUUCGACUUUCAACUUUGGCCGAGGACGCGACCCGCACGGAGACGUCCAUGCUCGUGCACACGGAGCCAGCAGGGGGCGCCUUCACGCACACGCCACAGUCGGGCACGCUGAGGUGGCGCACUGAUGCCUUGACCAUGGCGACGGCCUCAGGUAAGGUACUGACUGAUGUAAAUGUAUCGAAAGGGGCCGUCAAACACUGUGCGUUUCUAUGGAAGUCUUUUCAGAGCCAGCAGGAACGCCCGUGGACUCCCGUGGCGGGCAGCCAUCUAAAGAACCCCACAAGGCUGGUUCCGUCACUGAACAGUACAGGUCUUGGGGUCAGGGUCCUGAAGCUGCAGAGAACAUGGAACUGGAGGACACCUGCUGACUUCCAGCGCAAGCAUCAAGUUCGCUUCUCCCGCCGCCUCUUCCAGUGCGCCACCCAAUCGGCAUGCUCCUUCAGUUGCCUUUAGGCCCCGCCCACAGCGGCCUUUUGUUUGGAAAUAUUUAAUAAAGACAUCUGUUCGUCGUUUGUAUAAUCAAUUUUAUAAGCAAGUGAAUUUGACAUUAAAAUGACUUAAUGACUA